AUGCAAAAGGGUAACUUUGUCUCUCCGGUUGUUUUGACCAAUGUCAACCAUACCAUGGCUACAAUGAAGGAGGAGACUUUCGGUCCCGUGAUGCCAAUCAUGAAGGUCUCCAGUGAUGAUGAAGCUAUUGCAUUGAUGAAUGACAGCGAUUAUGGUCUGACGGCGAGCGUCUGGACGAAAGAUAUCACUCGCGGAGAGGAGUUGAUCGAUCGCAUUGAGGCCGGUACGGUAUUCAUUAAUCGCUGCGACUAUCCAAGCCCGGACCUUGCUUGGACGGGUUGGAAGACCUCGGGUUUGGGAUGCACUCUUGGCCCACGUGGAUACGAUGGAUUCGUGAAGCUGAAGAGUUACCACGUCAAGGAUGGCUCGACAUGA